UACAAAAAUUUUCCUCGCAUAUUUUGUAAUUUCUUUAAUUCAAAAACGAAAUGGCAUCGCCGAAGAAAGAAUCUCAGUCAUUUGGGGUUCAUGAGCGUCCCAUGUUACUAAAAGAACAUGUCGCAAAAUUAAAACAGAUUUUGUUUAACAAAGCCAAAGCUUCUCGUGCUGCCAAUGAUAAAUAUUCGGUACGCAAGCCCACAAAGGUGGAUUUAAUACAGUUCGUUCAGUGGGCAAAUGACUUCCAGAAAUGGAAAGACAGAAUUGAAUAUAUGUGCUCAAUGAACUUAAUGAAAUUAAUAAAGUCCGAAAAUGUGGAACAAAAAUUAAAAGCUCAAUUCGAGAAACUCUUAAAAUUAUGUGAUAUGUUUAAUGAUAUGAUGAAGGAUUUCUUUAUGGGUAUGUCCUGGUUUAAUGCUGUAGCGACUUUAGCUGCCGCUUCUGGUGGAGUGCGUCUUAGUUUAGACGACAUAACGGAAAUGAAUAACAAUCUUACUAGCGCUUGGAUUCACAUCAGUACGGGGUUAGUCACCCUACUACGUCUUAGGUCAGUUGUUAGAGAUGAAAAUGCUGAUGUUGAUGAAAAUGCAACUCAAUCCAAAUCGAAAACAGAGCAAUCGGCUAGAGGUAAUAAAAAGAACACCAGGCUUCAGCAGGUAAUACGUGGUGUUAGACAAACACACACAGGCAGAAAUAGUUUCAGAUAUUAAAGAAAAUAGUUUUAUCGGAGAGAUUCAAGUAUUCGUUACAACCGUCUUCGAUGUAAGAGGCAUGAACAUUAUUAUCCCUGAAGGAUAUUUGUUUUUUGUUCAUAUAUUUUUUUAUUCCUUUUUAAUAAAAGUUACUAUAACUUAUGAUAAGACCACUUAAGAUUAACAA